GGGAGGAUUCGUACCUGGAUACACUCGAUUCAAAAACGCCUGGUGGAGAAAUCUUCUUGACUCCAGUUUCAUUACAGUAGGAAGACAGAGAACUUUGUGCGUCCCAGAAUAGAGGAAUAUACCUUGGAUCACAAAAUAAAGAUUUUAUUGGUUUCUCUCCCCGGACCCUCCAAUUAGACCAGGACACCCUAUAAUACCACUACCAUCCUUUAAACACAGAGGACUAAAAUUAUUCUGACAGGAAGGGAACUCUGAACACAUCAACUUUAUUUUUUCCUUCUCUUCCCAUCUUUUCCUUCUCAGCCAUGACACAUAUAGUGCAGACACCUCUAUUAGGUGAGAUGCAGUCCUUCUUAGGGGGACAUUAAGUAAAGCAGAAGCGUUCUAUUUAAGAAGAGACUGUGAAUGACUCUUUAUUAAACAAAAAACAAUUGCCAACAUAAUUAGCACAUAAUUAGCUGAAUUUGGCACCUGAUGUAGAAUCAGUGAGCUCUGGAUAAGUUCUGAUGCCAUAAGUUUAACUAUUGUACCGUCUCUUGGGCUGGGUUUAGUUGAUGUUUGAUGCACAGAAAAGAGAAGGAAUUUGAUCAAAGCAGAGACUAGAAGAACUCAGGAAGACAAGAACUGGGGGAAAAACGGGUGAAAGAGGCUUAAUGAAAUAAAUGAUGUUUUCUGUAACCUAUCCAACACAAUCCAAGCCAGAUCUUUGUCCAGAUGAACUACAACACAGUGUUGUCUGAACACUGAUUUUAAAAGAGUUAAAUCCUGCUCCUUCAACGGCCCUUUCCCUUCGUCAUCCCCCUGUCCCCUGUUGUUCCUCUCUUCCCUUCGUCACUGAUCUCUCCGUCCGCCAUCUUCCUUUUCUCGCCCACAUUCUACUCAUGGUGUCUCAACGGACCCUCUCUAUUGGCUGCCUGUGGUCCUAGUCUGAGCGCACCACAUUCAUACAGCAGCCAAACCUCUCUAUACACUCCUUCUAGUCUUUCAUUCACCCAUCCCUCCUUCCACUCUUUCAUAUUCUGUCUCUCUGUAGUCCAACCUGGCACCCGGCACCAUUCCGUCUAAAGGGGAGGAGGAUUUUCUGACCCUGGCCGCCUCUCGGCUCAGCCGCUGGAAGUGUGUCAUCGGAGCCGCCGUGGGUGUGGCCAUGGUCCUACUCCUCCUGAUCGCCAUCCCUCUAUUGGUCCACACCGCCAAAGGUGGAGGAGCUAACCCAGGAAGUGGCGGAGGGGGGACCCAUUAUGAGAUGCUGGGGAGCUGCAGAAUGGUCUGUGAUCCAUAUAGUACUGCCCAACCAGGUCAGGAGCUGACAGCCGUGUCUCCCCAACCGGACUACCCUGGGCGGAAGAAAACGGGGUACCGCGGGGUCCCUGGCAUCUCUGGUCCUCCGGGCAACCCAGGGCCCCCUGGGGAACCAGGCAAGCCAGGCCCACAGGGGCCUCCCGGCCCUGGACCUAAUGGUUACGUCCCCUCCUUCUACAGCCCUAAGAUUGCCUUCUAUGCAGGGCUAAGGAAACAGCAUGAGGGCAGCGAGGUGUUGAAGUUUGAUGAUGUGGUGACCAAUGUAGGGAACUACUAUGAGCCUAGUACUGGGAAGUUCACCUGUCCUCUACCAGGUAUUUACUACUUCACCUACCAUGUUCUGAUGAGAGGUGGAGACGGGACCAGCAUGUGGGCCGACCUGAAGAAGAACGGACAGGUGAAGGCCAGCGCCAUAGCCCAGGAUGCGGACCAGAACUACGACUACGCAUCCAACAGUGUGAUCCUGCAUCUGGACGUGGGAGACGAGGUGUGUGUACAGCUGGAUGGGGGGAAGGUCCAUGGAGGAAACACCAACAAAUACAGCACCUUCUCUGGGUUCCUCAUUUACCCCGACUGACCCUGAUCAACCAUCCCAGCUUCAUGAUACCCCCCCUCCCCUCCCACCACACACUGAUAGGAUGAAAGGACAGACUGAGUGUGUGGUUUUUGAAAUGAAGGAGUGUUUCAUGGGUGUGUUGAGUGUUAUUAAGCCAAUCAUGACCAAGUAUGUUGAUUGUGUGUGUGAACAUAUGAAUAUUACAACAUGUACAGAAUAGGUGCACAUGGUUGCAUUGAAAAAUAUACAUCAUAUGCCAUAUGUACCGUCUACUAACAUAGUGAGUUGGACAUACAGUUGAACCAAGAUAAUCAGUUCUACCCAUGUAUUCAGCAUCUUGAGUGUGACCAAAGUCGUGAGUGUUUUGAAUCAAGACCAGGUUAGCACACUGAGCUAGAGCCAAGGAAUUAGCUCCGAGAGCCAUCACAGUUCUCAACUUUGCUACAUUUAACCCCCCUCUAAUCCAGUGGGCAGUUCAGUUAAGACCACUUGGAUAGUUCCCAAUCACAUCCCCUAGCUAGCUGUUUAAAAAAUAAUAGCCCCUGCUGUUUCAAAAUAAAAGUCCCCUGCUGUUUCAAAAUAAAAGUUCAAAGUAAAGUAUGAUCCCUGUUGUUCAUAAUCUAGGACGGAACUGCUUUACUGUUAUAGUAUUAUUUUUAAUUAUCAAUUGUUUAUUGAUUUCAGUUAUAAAAAUACCAAACAAGGAAGGACAUUAAAAAAAUUAUAACAAAAUAAAAUGAAGACAGCAUUCAAAGUAAACCCAGCUGUUUAAGCACAGAUGGUUGACCUUCUAUAACCAUCACACCAUGGGGCUAGGGGAGGACGGAAGGAGAGGAGUGGAAUACAAACACACACACAAAAUACACACACAUACAGUACACACACACACUGAAAUGGCAACAAACACAAAAGACUGGACUGAGUGGGUGAGCAUGUCAUUUUACAAUGAAGGGUUUUAUGGGUGUGUGAUGAGAGAGUUGUGUGUUGAAGCAAUCAUCAUGACCAAGUGAAUUUCUUAACCCCUCCUGUGUGUUUAUAUUUCAGAGUGUGUACAAGUAAGGAUAUCAGAAAAUGUACAGGGCCCGACUUCCCAAAAUCAUCUUAAGUCUAAAUUCAUUGUUAAAACCUUCACGCUGUUUUCCAAAACCGUCGUUAUUAACGUUGCACGUGAAAACGCUCGUAAUCUAUGGCAUGCCUCAGACCACCCAUAGAAAGCCAAGUGCGGCGUUAGAUGCUUUUUGGCCUCCAGCGUAACUUUAUACACAGAAGUUCUCCGCUAAACAUAGAAUCACAUGGUUCAGCCGCAGAUAACGUAAAAACACUACACAUAUAAAGUCGCAAUUAUCUUUGCAAUUGAUACAAACAAGCGAGGUAUACAAGAUAUUCUUCAAAUUAAAACCAGAUGACUCCAUUAAAAUAUUGAUACAGUAGGCUAUUGGCCUAUGUCAAUUGAGUUAUAUUUUGCUACUGUUGGGUGCUGUGUGUAAUUUGUCUCAAUAUAGUUAAUGAUGUGUAGCCUAACGUGCUCAAUGAUGUGCCAAAUCUUGAUUUAGUGCAUUAUUAUAGGGUAAGCAUUAGAAUAAGACGCCUCGAUAUUUGCAGCCGUAGUUGAUAAUAUCUGUCUAGGAGCUGAUCCGUCGUCAGAAUGGUGGAAUAAUUCAAACGUUAAGGUAAGAUUUAAAUUGAGAAAGCUGAUCUGAGACCAGCGUUGAAUUUCUUUCGAUCCUAUCAGUAUCGACACAUGCCUCAACGACAGACAGCGAACGUUUUCUCCGCGUGGGGUUUUGGGAAACGUACGUUACAUCUACAGCAGUUCUAGGAAACAUGCAUCUCUAAAACACACGUACGCCCAAAUCCCAUCGCUAUCGGGAAAUGGGGCGCAGUAUAGGUGCACUAACACUUGGUACAUUGAAUUAUACAGCAUAUUCCAUGUGUCUCUUCUACUUACAUUGUGAACUGUACAUAUAGUAUAACCAAGAUCAUCAGUUCUACCCAUUCCACAUUCGGAGUGAGACGAACUGGUUAUUAAAACCGGAUUGUGAGUGUGUGAUGCAAGAUCGUGUUAGCCCACUGAGCUAAAGCCUGAGGCGUUAGCUUUGGGAGCUAGCGUGACUUUUCAGUAUUAUGUAAAACCAUCUGAUGUGUAUAAACACUACUCUCUGUACCAUUGGGAUGAAAGCCUGACAAGCUGUUGCUUUCAAGUUGUAUACAGAAUUGCUAUUAAAAUAUCUAUAACAACAA